AUGACCCUUCCUUCGUCCGAGGCUCUCAAAGCAGAUAUCAUCAUGGCAAAGGAACUUGCCUUCAAUGGGUGCCAUUCCUCUAAACUCGCCCAGACGUGCUCCCAAAUGGAGGGUGGAAUUCUUGGUCCCAAAGCCCGCCGCGAAAUGUUUGUCAAGCCUAUCUACUCUGGCUUUUCAGGUCACACGCUUGUCGAUACCGGUGCUCAGCAUCAGGCUGGAGCACCGGUCAUCUGUACGGAGUUCCGCGGUGUCAACAUUGCGCCUCCUCGGGAUGGUGAAGCAAGAGAGCGGGACUGGAGCUAUACCACCGCCGCCGAUGUCGAUGAUGUUCUGCGGCGCUUUGAGAACCUAGUCAUGGCCGUGUUCAAGGGUGGUCAUACCUGUGGCUUGGUGUACACGCAGCUGAUUCGAGCCAUUCUGGAACGAGCUCAGGACGUUUACUACCAUCAUCAUCAUUGUCACAAUCCCAAGGGUGUUCGGAAGAUUCUGCAUGCCUUCCAUAUGUCAGGUUCCUCGUGA